CUUUGUCUCUCUCGACGUGUUCUUAGUACAAAUCUGGGUGCCAGUCGGGUAACCGCUUCGGCCUCGCUCGCUCCCUCGCUCGCUCGCACACCUUCUUUCCAGUAAGCGGGACUCUCACUUUUCCCGCCGACUGUGGUGGCUGGAAUUUCGAGCGCUAGGAUAAAUGACUUGACGUUCUGUUUUCGACGCUGUCUUUAUGAAUAACACUUCUUCAAGUGCCUCUGGAAAUAAGUGGUCUCUCCGUUUCCUCGUUUUCAUUCCAAAUGAUCGUAGUCCGGCGGUGAAUCAGUGGCAAUCGUGUAAUGAUCCUUGCGCUCGCUGGUGGCACCGUGAAGGUCAGUUUGGAUGAUGUGUUGUACUGGAAAUGAACAAUAUGACGCCCGCUUGAAACUGCAGUUCUCCAGAGACUAUUGGCUUUAUUUGAUCCUUUAGAAAGAAGAACCUGGUUAAGAUAUAAAUCUUAAUGAAAAACUGAAGACUUUGCAGGAGUAUCUAAAUCAUUGAGAGAGGAGGAAAAGAGGAAGAACGGAAGUGAUCAACCUCCAAAGAUUCUGACAGACAGGAACCAACACACCAGAAAGACGUGAAUUACAGGAAAGCAUCCGAGGACAAGUGACGUUUGAUUAUUGCGACAGUCUAUUUCACGAAAUCGAACCCAUGUAAGCCAUUCUAAGAGCUGGACGGAAUCGCAGAAGGAUCUCGCCCCCGAGUGGAACAGAUACAGAAACAUUUAACGUGAAAAUGUCACAGUGAAAACCCCCAAUGAUAGGACUCUCGAAGGAGCCCAUCCUCCUAAAGAAAAUAAAUAGAUGAAAGAGGAAACCUGAGGACUCCUAGAGCUUUGGUUUCCUUGUGCCACGUCAUAUCCUGAGAGCUGGAUUAAAGGCUUCUCACAUCUCCUGUCGGAGGCCUCGUUGGAGGGAUCAUGUCUGGUCCCAGGAGACGCCUUCCGGGGGGCUCCUCCCCCCGAGGGAUUUAUAUUGAAUUUACUUGGCUCCUCUUUGUCCUACUGUUAGGACUUCCUUCGUUUCACCCAACACGCGCACAAGAAUCCCCAGGAAUAUCUUCUCUGCGGAGGGACACCGAAGUGGAGGUGGUUCCUUUGAGAGACCCAUCCUCGCCCUCGACGGCAGAUCACCCCUUCGUCAUCCAGGCCUCCGCUUCCACGCCGUCCGACGACGCGGCGUCGCAUUUCGCCUACGACUACGACGAUGGAACUUUCGUGGACUCUCUGGUGAUCCACAAGUGUUGCGCCGAGAAGGAGGUCUUCGACCAGGCCACCAAACAGUGCCAGAGGAGCGAUGAGAUCACCUUCAGCGUGCCCGUGUUCUCGGUCGAUUACCAUGGAAUGUACACAGAGUCCAACCUCACUCGGGAUAAGGUCGAGUUGCAGACCCAGAUGCUCGAGUGCGAGAAAUACCUCCUCGACGUGGAGCCCGGGAAGAAGCCCGAGUUCGACUUCCGCGUCUUAGACACUGGACAGCUUUGGGUCCCUGAGUACGAGCAGUAUUACGACCAAGAGCACUACUGCCUCGAAAACUUCGUGGCCAACGCCAGCGUCAGAGGCUCGCCCCAUAUCCAGGGAGCGAUGGUCUGCGUCCUAGAGACUCAAGUGGAAACCUUCGACCCGUCGAAGAUUCCCGUCAGGAAGUGUUGUAUGCAUCAUGAGGUUUGGGACGCCAGUUCUAGCUGCACUCCUCGUAAGCUGGUCACCGAGGGCCCCUGGCUUGUACCAGUCAAGUCAGCACACCAAGAGACAGCAUUUUCCUCCACCUCUCCCUCCUCCUCCUCCUCCUCUUCCGAGAAGAGCACUUUGUCAUCUUCGUCCAUAUUUUCAGCAUCGAAAGCUGACCUCGUUGAUAUCAGGCAGCAUCCUUAUUCAGAAACUCACGAAGUGGUGCCAAAUUUCCAAACUUGUGUGGGAGAGCAAAUGGGUUGGGAGGUCGACAAUUUUUACCUGGAAGCAGAGACGGGUCAUCUCUUCGUGCCGUACCUCAACCGCCUGAUCCCAGGUAACCAGUAUUGCAUCGAGGACUUUCAUAUCAAUGGAACUAUCGAACCAAAGGCAUACGUGUGCGUAAGCGAAAGUGAGAAACAGCGCUUACAGCAUGUGCAGACGCCCGGCUGUCAGAAAGAGCGGUGUGUUUCAAAGUGCUGUCCGCUUGGAAGCAUUCUCGACGCAGCUUCCAAAAGAUGUGUCUCGUCUCGCCUCUCCUUCUGGCUUCCAAAAAUGACGCACUCUAAUUUCUCGUCUUCAUUGGUCAUGGACGCAGACUUCAAAUUCGGUUUCCCGAAGUGUCCCGACCUACAGCUGACGUACUCCAACGAGCUGGUGCAAAUGCAAGAGGACGGUUCCCUGCGGUACACUUCCAACGUCACGGAUGAAUGUAACCCACUGCAGAUUUAUACUAUUCCCAAGGGCCAGUACUGCAUAGAUCAGGUUCACUACCCCUCUGGUGAACUGAGGGAAGGAGCAGCGUUUUGCUUUAGGGAUGAAUGGGAGCAUCUGGGGAAGCUGGAAAAGCUUCAAGACGGCUUCAUCUACCCAGUGUUCCUGGCCAUUUCGGAUCUCUUCAUCCUGAUCUCGUUCAUCGUGUAUCUCACUGUACCUGACCAAAACAAGCGUGGACUGAACAAAAAUGUGAAACUGGCCCAUUCCGUCCUGGGCAGAAUAUUGCUCUCCUUCUUGUUCAGCCUCUUCUUCGCUUACCUGUUCCUGAUCAUUGUGAAGCUCUUUUCGGACCCAAUUAACCUGGCCAGUCCCAGUGCCUGCAUUGGAAUUGGUGUAUGUGUUUACAUGUUUUUCAUGGCCACCUUCUUCUGGCUGAAUGUCCUCUGCUUUGAAUUAUGGUGGAAAUGUGCAAGGCAAGAAAGCUCCAGCGGUCGCCGAUGGGUGUGGUACCAAGUCUACGCCUGGAUUUGCCCGCUCGUCUUUGGUGGUGUUUCUCUCAUCAUGGAGUUCGCGCCUUCCAUCAGCAACUGCUACAUCAAGCCUAACUUUGGGAAAUAUUCUUGUUUCUUCAGCUACUCCGUGACCCACAACAACGCUGCAAAGUGGGCCUACUUCUUCGGUCCCGUGGCAGUCCUUCUGGUUGCAGACCUCAUCUUCUUCAUCCUAACAGUCAGAUCACUCCUGGUCACCGUCCAGCAAAGUCACAAGGGCACCGUCCAGAGACAAGCAAGGCAACGACUCAAGCUCUGUUUCAAGCUGUUUCUGGUCAUGGGAAUCAGCUGGCUCGCCGAGAUCAUCGCCUUUGAAUUAGGUCCAAGAACUGUGUGGUACAUUUCUGAUGUCUUCAACUGCUUCCAGGGUUUCAUCAUCUUCCUCAUAUUCAUUCUGAAACCCAAAAUUCUGGAAGCUGUUCGUGUCCGGGUCUACAGAUGCUGCUGUGGCUCAGCCCCUCCCGCCAAGCCUCGUGGUACGAUGGAUUUCAGUUCGGUGACCUUAUCCAACUCGUCCGGUACUGACGAGUUCUCCUUAUCUAACCAACAGCUCUCUUUAGCCCGAGGGCACGACCAUGCCCGCAUCCACCUCUCUUACUCUGGGACAACCACCUCCUCCAUCUCCUCCCAUAGAAACCUUUCAAUAACCAGGUCCUCGUCCCUCCAGAAGGAUUCCUCUUUAGCCUACAACACUCCUCCGUCGCCUCCGCGUCAGUUGCACGUCUUGUCUCUUGAGAACCAUCUGUCCAAGAGGAGGAUCUCUCCCGUAUCUGCCCCUCACAUCCCUCCUCCACUUCCUCCCUCGCUUCCUCCUCCACCACCCACUCCUCAUCCAGGAGAGGCUGACGGAGAUGACGAAGGCUCACCUACGUCGACAAGCUCUUCUCCAUUGUCCUCUCGAUCCUCCACUCCAAGGACCAAUUCCACGAGGGCCUCUCUCUCAGCAAGUUGCAAGUCUGUUGACGAAGGAUCGUGCUGAUAGGAAUUCUCCUUCAGGGAUUCUUCACUUCAAUCAAAGAUGGAUCCUUUGCAUGCAAGCUAACUUGGCAUUUAAAGACCUCUCUCUCUCUCUCUCUCUCUCUCUCUCUCUCUCUCUCUCUCUCAUUUGUAUGAUUACCGUAUCGUUCUGCGUGAAAUAGUUAGGUAGAUUGUUGUAGCAAGAUAUAGAAUCUGAAUACUUUACUUAAACCCGCACAGUAUAUAUAGAUACUGACUCUGUGAUAUAGGUCUAAAGGACGGUUAGACGCAGAACAGCUUCUCGUGUAGAUAUAGGAUAAACGACAAUUGUAUAUAUAAAUUAUAUUACAGUGAUAUGGCAGCUUCUGUUUCUAUUAUAUAUAUAAUAUUAAUUGUAAGGAACCAUUAUGAGAAAUAUUUUCAUUACGAAAAGCCAAGAAUUACAGACGUGAGAUAUUUAACAAACGAAACCUAUUUGCGUAAGAAAUAAAGCAUUGAUAGCCCCAGUAAUAAUGCUUGUAGAAGAAUUUAUAAUGCUCUUUUGAAUACGCAAUGCGUUUCUCUCUCUCUCUCUCUCUCUCUCUCUCUCUCUCUCUCUCUCUCUCUCUCUCUCUCUCUCUCUCUCUCUCUCUCUCUCUCUCUCUGUUAUUAGUGACUACAUCGAAGUCUAGUGUUUAGUUUGAAUGAGUCCAUGAUGUUAUUCAUUGUGUUCGUUAUGGAGUGUUACUCUCACAAGAUAAUUUUGAGAAACUAAACUAAUAAACACGAAGGAAAAUGUGAUAAACAAUAUCCCACAUUGCUCUUUGCAACAAAUGACUGAUCUACCAGGCACCCCCUUAUGGUUUUAUGGCUUCAAGUUAUAAUUAUGUUAAUUAGGAAAGGAUACUCAUUCCGAUAAGUGCACUGCUGUUUCAUUAUGAUGAACAAUAAUCGUCUUAUAUCAAUAUAAAUCCUUGCUUUAUGACCAAGGAGCGGACGAGCUUUAAAAAAGAUAGUGUAAUUUUAAGGUAAUGGUCGUUACAUUACCUUGGUCUCUCUGUAAGAGUAAGUUGAUACGACGCUUUCUCUCUCUCUCUCUCUCUCUCUCUCUCUCUCUCUCUCUCUCUCUCUCUCUCUCUCUCUCUCUCUACUUUAUCUUUCCGUUUAUUUUACCAAGAGUGUUCAUUCCCCUCUAAUUAUUACGAUUUUAUUUGUUCUGCAUGCUACGUUUGCUUGUUUGUUUUUUGUCUUGUUAUGUACACAGUACUGCAACAUUUGUUAACAUUAUGCAUUCAAAUAUAUUUAUAGCAUACUGCAGUUGUUUUCUAACAUAACCUCCUUUUCUGUUUGUUAUGGUGUGUUUGUUGCUUGCUUUAUCCCCACUCCAUGUCGUUGCUUUACUUUGUUGAUUGUUGCAAAGAGAGACAAUGCAACAACUUUCCUAUACAAUCUUUUAUUUUUUUAGCAUUAGAAGAAUGAAAUAUUUAUAAGCCGGACUUACAAAGACCAAGACACGUUGUAAGUCUUUUAAUGUAAUUACGGACAUUUUCAUUUUAAUACCUUAGACUACCGAUAAGCACAAAAGAAAAACAAGUUGUUGACAUUUCUGUAUUGCAAAUAUAAUUAACAAAAAUUAACCGGGAAUCAUAUAUAUAUUUCACUAUACGUGUAAGGGUAUUUCUGACGCUAAUCACACAGUUCCUCACUAGAC